ACUCACUGACUGUGAGGUCACCUGUACACAAGGGGGUUCCUGUCGGGUGUCUUCGUGUUCAAACACCAAGGUGUUCAUCAGCCUCGUGAAGACCUGCUCCAGGCAUCAGCCAUGAAGAUCCUGUACCUGCUCAUCCCCUUCUUCCUCUUGUUUCUCCAGGGUGCUGCAGGAACUGCCACCCAGUGCAGAAUAAGAGGAGGAUUCUGUCGUGUUGGGAGCUGCCGCUUCCCACACAUAGCUAUUGGGAAAUGUGCAACAUUUAUUUCCUGCUGUGGAAGAGCAUAUGAGGUUGAUGCCCUGAAUUCUGUGAGGACAUCGCCGUGGCUUCUCGCUCCUGGAAACAACCCCCAUUGACCUCUCCCCUUCCCACCUCUGCAGUCUCCCAUGGUAUGACCGUGGCAGUGGAAGCUGGAGACACCCCGCUGUGGGCCUGCAGUUGUUUGGCCAGAUGCUGCUUUUCCCUGCUGAAUAAAGGUGUGCAGUUUAGCAUUGCA